AUGAGCCACGGCGACCUGAAGUCCUACUAUGUACGGUUCUCAAAGAAUUGGGAAGAAACGCUGGUGCGUUGCUACUUUCCCAAUCCUCACCUAGACGACGACGAAAAACGCACCGACAUGCAACCGGAAAAACUCCAGGCCUUCGAAGAGGCUCGGGACCGGUGGGUAGGCAAAGAAGAGAACCUUAUUUUCGUACAGCGCUAA